CAUUCUUCAGCCUUAAGCUGUUGUAAACAACGUAGCACGCUCGCACGAAAAUCAGAGUGGGCACACACAGAUAGUAAAAUUAUAAUACGAUUUAACUUUUUCUAAAUUAAAAGUUUUGGUUGCUGAAAAAAGGCGCAACAAGUGGAUAAUGACUUGCUCAAUGUGUGUAUGUUUCAUUGAAUGCGUGACAUCAUUUUUACCAAACAGUUUAAGUUAAGUUCCGUCUGGAUUAAGAAUCCGAGAUUUAAGUUUAUCAUGUAUGUGAUUUUGAUGAAUAAUCUGCGAAAAAUCAGUUAAGGUUCGAGACCGUUACGGUAUUGAGCGACGGAAAGACUAACUGGACCACGUAACGUCGAGACCAACAGCAUUCGUUCAGAAAUCAAGACGUUAACACUUUAAGCACCGAGAGUUUUAACAAACGCUUGAUACUUCAAGUAAUAGAAUGAGUGACAGAAAGGCGGGAGGCUGUCUGAGCACACUCCUGCUUGUGCUGGCCGCGUUCAAGGCGUGUCUCAUGUUUCUAGUGAUGCUGGUCGCCGCGGGUUUCGUGUCUUGUUUCCGGUGCGCUCAUCGUUGCUGCGGCGUCCGAUUCAACAAGAUUGACCCGGUGUUAUAUGAAGACUGGUUCUCGUUUAAUCUCAACCUCUCGGCCUUGAGGACGAUGAUUCGUGACAACCACGCCGACUUGUGCUGCUCGCUCCGCAAGGGGUCGCUUGCUCCGGAUCUAAAACUGGUGACUCUCGAAGGAUUAGAAACGCGCUUGUCUGAUUUUCAGACCGCCGGUCGCCCAUUGGUCAUUAAUUUCGGCAGCUGCUCCUGAUUGCCGUUUAUGUCCAAACUGGGCACAUUCAACGUCAUAGUGGACCGCUUUAGCCACGUGGCGGACUUUCUAACCGUGUAUGUAGCGGAAGCCCACCCUUUGGAUGAAUGGGCGCUGCUGAAUCACGAAAAAUACAGUCGUCAUCAGCACACAACCAUCGAGGAACGCAUCACGGCGGCGAAGGUGCUUGAGUCGGAAGGGAUUCGUGGCGCUCUGGUCGUUGACUCCCUUAGUAACGAAGGACUGGAAAUAUAUGCUGCACUUCCGGAGCGGAUGUACGUGUUGCUUGACGGCGUCGUCCGCUUCCGGGGAGGGAUGGGGCCAAUGAUGUACAAACCGGAAGAGAUCGAGAAAUGGAUAGAGAAACAUAUAAAACGCGCUGCUGUUGAUGUUUAACUUGUUAUUUCAUUAUGCAUAAAUAGGCGAUUUCUUUUUACAAAAUCAUCAACACUGAGCCAAAUAAGGAAACCAUUUGGGCUUUGUAUAAUAAUAUUCUUUCCUUAUUCUAUUGUUCUACUCCAUUUUGCUGAAGGAAAUCAAUUAAUAUACGCGUUGUUGUUGUAUAUAUUACAAUUUUUAAAUUAGGUUUUAUAAAAACUGCUACUGUGUGUUGUGAAUCACUUACAAAUACUAGUACAUUAAAUCUCAUUAUUUUAUAUAUUGUAUAUGAGUAUAUAACUUAAUACAUAACUAAUAAUGAACCUCGAUGUUUAUGUUUUUGAUAAUAUACAAGAUGACCAUCUUCGGUAAAGAAAGUGCAAUACGGUCAUACUUUUUUAUCAACAAGAACCCAAUACCAUACAGGACUACUUAUUUGAUAUUUCCACGCAAUUCUUCAAUGGACACCGCGUUAUAUAAUUACAAUAUAAUACAGUACAAACAUGUACAUCAAUCCGUACUUUUAAUUUUAAAAAGUCUUGCAUUGCUUAACCCAUUUAUGCCUAGCGUCUAGAAAAAAGGCCUUGGCAAACAGCGUAGACCCAUAUGAGACGCCGCAUGAUGCGGCGUCUAAUCAGGGUCUUCGCUGUUUGCUUAAAGGAAUUUCUGAAAGAAAUAUUCAAAAUAUAGAAAUAAAUAUACUAGACAUCCCUAAUCUUGGAAAUAAAUUGAUCCAAUUUAGAAGGAUGGGAGAGUCCACUAGGCAUAAAUGGGUUUAUGUUCGAUAUCAAAGAUCUAGUGGAGUUUUUACUUUAUGAUUGAUUGUCUGACAACUGAUAUCAUCAGCCAGAGAGUCAUGAUGCCUUUGUAAGAAUUAUGCUGAUUUUGAUGUUUAAACAUGUUUACGCUGCUUUAACCCAUUUAUGCCUAGUGAACUCUCUGAUCCGUCUAAAUUGGAUCAAUUGAUUUCCAAAAUUAGGGAUGUCAUGUAUAUUUAUUUCUAUAUUUAUAAUAUUUCUUACAGAAAUCCCUGUAAGCAAACAGCGCAGACCCUGAUGAGACGCCGCAUCAUGCGGCGUCUCAUCUGAGUCUGCGCUGUUUGCCAAUGCCUUUUUUCUAGACGAUAUGCAUAACUGGGUUAGUAAUGUUUAUU